CACCCCUUCUGUUGGAGAAUUCUUGCAUCGUUGUUACUACCUUCCUUUUUUCUGCAGAUUAAGCUGGCUGACAAACAGACAGCACUUGAAAAAUUACAAUGGGAAGCAAUGACUUCCAACAAAAAGGUGGAAAAGCUCCAUGAAGACCUAGGUUCCGUGCAAGGAGAGAUUUCAUCAUUUUUGUCGUUGUUUGAAGGCUUGACAAAGAAUCAUCCCACCAUGUCUGCUGAAGAUUAUGAUGUCACACCUUAUCAUUUGAAUCAUCUUCCUCAUACGGACGAUUGGGACGAGGCAGAGAUGCAGAAGAUGGAGGAGGCUAGAGAAGCCUAUGUUGCCAUUGUUGCUGCCGCAAAAGAAAAGCAAGACAAAGAUUCUAUUGCCGCUGCUGCCACUGCAAGGUUACAUCUUCAAUAAUUUGUUUUUGGAAAAUCUGAGCAACCGAAGUCCCUAGUUGGGAUUCCAGGCAACUACGCUAAGAAUACAUAAAUUUUUCACAUAACGGGAUACAAAUGUGAAACAAAGAGGUGAGA